ACGUUUUGUACGAAGUGGUGAAAUAUAGAAAAAAAUCGAAUGGAGAAAUCGCAAUAGCCAUCGUCUAUCAAAGAACCAUCGAAUCGACGUGCGCGAGGCAUCAUAGACGUCGCUGGGAUCGAACGUGCCAGGACACAAGGGCGAUAAUGAUGAUGACGUCGGCGGUCAUUACCUCGGAAGCGUACCGCCCAUUUUGUUUCUUUCGCCACCGCGUUUUAAAAGAAGAUAGCAACGAACGACGAACGAGUCUUGGGCUGGAUCGGCCAAAGGGAUCAGUGGAAAUUGUACGCAAUGCUGGUAAUACUACGUUGACUGGUUAUGUUACGUUAGCUCCGGGUGAGUGUUAUCAGUACACCACAUAUACUGAGCGUUUUGGACGUAGGACAAUUGGAUGCUCCAUUACAGGUCUGCUCUAUACGAUUCAUACGUGUUCCAUGUUAUUGAAUUCCCUCACAAAUAUAAUAAGAAUCGUAUUUUGUUGGAUCUUGACACCAAGCGUGCCUGUAACCCAUCCUGACAGCAUCCUGAAGCAGGAGCUCCACGGAAAUUAUUUAUUCAUACUCGAUCUUCCGCGACUAACCACGCUUGCCGCAACCCUCGUGGUGAAACGUGCAGGGGUCGGAGGUUUAUCGAAACAGUUUCCAGUUGCUGCUCAAUAAUAUCGAACAUCGAACAGAAGCCACGAUAACGUGAAAAUUAGCACCUCGUCGUAGGAGCUUAAACCUAACGCGUUCUCUGGAUUUUUUUAGAUCCAAUUGUUAAUCAAUUUAUUAAAUUGGAGAAAAUUCAUACUACUUGAAAGAUAAACAAUUUCGUUGACACGAAAGUGAAAUUAAAAGAUAAAAAUUCGGGUAUCGUAAAAUAAAAUAGUAACUUUGAAAUUAUUAUCGACCAAUGUUUUAAAUCAGAAAAAUUCGACUGUGAAUGUGAAGCACUUGACUCGUUACUACUCUCAUUUUCCAAUUUAACGUAACGUAAUUGAACGAGAUUGUUAUCGAUGAAUCUACAUUUUAUCGGCAUGUACAUCGAUUUGGUAUACAAAAUGGGUACUAUUUGCAUGCGACAAACACGAGGAUACGUAUAAUCAGUCGGACGUUUCAUGAUGUUAUGUUAAACAAUUUUCUGGCAAAGCCAGUGCAUUUAGUCUAAGAUAUAUAUUGACAAAUGCGUGGAUAUUUCAGGUAAAUAUCGCAUUUUCCACGAGGCUAAACAACCAGCAUAUGCACGUUGCAAUUUCGUCAAUGUAUAUACCAACGACUGAAUCUGUUAGGCAAGGUCUCACCAACAAAUCCGUAUAUUUAUUUGUUGUGUCUGAUGCAAAACCCAUACGUUUUGCGUCCACCUUUUUUGAUCCGAUAAAUUAUAAGCUUGCGUUGCAGCGGAUUCCUGUCAGCUCCGUGACACGUUUGCCAAACCGGUGAUUGGUCAACGGGUAUCGGUUGGAAAUUACUCGUCACACUCGACGUCUGACCUUUUUCUCUCAUAGCCACUAGAUCCAUCAAAGAAAUCAUAUGAAUUUUAAUUUCUUCUCGAAUUUCAUAUCCAUUAACGUACAAAUUUUUCCUCCAUCUAGCAGUGAAACUGAUUAAAUAAAAAAAAAAAAAAACAAUUAAA